AUGCGGGGUGUGCAGAUCUUCUCGGGGAACUCCCACCCGGCUCUCGCAGAGACCAUCUGCGAGCGGCUGGGUACCUCGCCGGCCAAGGCUGAUCUGGGCAAGUUCGCCAAUGGGGAGACUAGCGUCAAUAUUGGUGUGUCGGUCCGCAACCAAGAUGUCUAUAUCGUCCAGAGUGGUAGCAGCAAGAUCAAUGACAGUGUCAUGGAGCUUCUCAUCAUGAUCUCGGCCUGCAAGGGCGGCUCGGCCAAGUCGAUUACUGCGGUCAUGCCAUACUUUCCCUACUCGCGUCAAUCCAAGAAGAAGAGCCACCGCGGCGCCAUCACAGCCCGAAUGCUGGCCAAUCUGCUCACAAUUGCCGGUGUGGAUCAUGUCAUUACCAUGGACCUCCAUGCAUCCCAGAUGCAAGGCUUCUUUGGAAAACCCGUCGAUAAUCUCUUCGCCGAACCAUUCAUUGCCCGUUGGAUUCGCAUGAAUGUGCCAGGAUGGAGGGAUGCCGUGGUGGUGAGCAAAAAUGCCGGCGGCACCAAGCGUGUCACAUCGCUGGCCGAUACCUUGAAACUGAAUUUCGGUAUUGUGACCACCGACCGGCGGCGACCGAAGGUUCCAGUCACCAUGUCCGACAGUACGGUCUUCUUUGAUGCCGUCGAAGACGAAGUCCGUGUCCCCAGAGACCAACAGCCCUUUGAACUUCACCUGCACAGUGCUCAGGCAACUCCUCCUAUACUCGAGGAGAACGAGAGCGCCGACUCCCCUCAGGACCUCCUUCGUCCCGAGACCCCCCCAGCAGCUCGCCGCCCAUCGGAACUCGAGGCUGCGCAUGAGUACACAGAUGUGCGGGUGCAGGAUGUCAUCACUGGGCGUCUAGUGCAAGGUCAGCUUGUCGAUGAUGACUACCAUCCCGAGUCGGACUCCCAAUCCGGGGGGACCACCCCCGGGGCCAGUGGUAGCACCGGCGCCGGUGAAAACACCGAAGUCGUGCCGGAGACUAUGUUCAACUCCAUGAUUUCCAAUGCGUCCUCGAUACCCCCCGACCACGCAUUGGGCGGCUCCUUUGACGCCGUCGAAUCGGAUGACGAGGGGAGCGUGGCCGGUCCAGACCAUGAGCGGACCAUUACCCUGGUUGGGGAAGUGCGUGAUCGACCAGUAUUUAUUGUCGACGAUAUGAUUGAUAAGAGUGGCUCUUGGAUCGCGGCUGCAGAGACGGUUGUCAAGCGUGGCGGCGCGCGCAAGAUCUACUGCAUUGCCACCCACGGUUUGUUCGGAGCCGAUUCCCUGGACCAGAUGGAGGCAUGUCCGUCCAUUGAUCAUAUUGUGGUCACCAACACCUUCCCCAUUGAGCCGUCAAUGCUGCGGCGAUCAAAGAAGCUGAUCGUGAUCGACGUCUCGACUCUCCUGGCCGAGAGCAUCCGGCGGCAUCACUACGGUGAAAGGUAUAACAUCUUUCCUUCUGCUCUUUUCCCCGUAUUUUCCCUAAGUGAUUGGGACCGCAACUAA